AUGCUAGCUGCAGAGAGCAACUUAGGGCACAAUAGGCAUUCUCGCAAUGGUUCUUCCACAAGGCACAAAAGUGGCUAUGAACCUUCAGACACAGAAACUGAGUGGCAUGAAAGCCCUUGGAAUGAUGGAGUAUUGGCAUCAGAGAGGACGCGUCUGCCUAAAGAUCCUGGUAGGAAUGCCCAAGUUGGGAGUCGUCUUCCUAACCGCACUAGAGAAUGUCAUGAUGAGAAAACUUCAAACUUGAGAAACAAUCGUACAGUCACAGAACAAAGGCGACAAACUUCUCCAUAUGCCGGUGGAAAGAAUGAAUCACGCAAGAAGAGUAGCCGGACGCCUCCCAGAUUUCGUUCCACUAUGGAAAACUUUAGUAGAUCAUCUAUCAAGGAGAGGUUUUCUCAUAACCGGUCAAUUUCGACACCGAAACUACGGCCACAAGAGAAGGAACAUCCUGCUAGAGCUCCUGCAUUCCCUGGCACUAAUCCUGUUUCAGUACAGGCAGGAAGAAAAGCUGUUGAUAAUAUAGAAGAAGAUUCACAUGCAGAAAAUUGUUCCCGGGAGAUCAAUGAGUUGAUUGCAAAUGGAAAGUGGCCUAAUUCCAGAUAUAAUGAGUAUGCAUUUACAAGCACAGAGUCGAUACCUACAGGUGACAUCUUCUUCUCCCGGGAUUGCAGGGCUCCACUAGAGAAAACAUCAACAAAGCAUAACAAUUUUGACAAAUCAUUUACCUCAAACUCAAAUGGCCAUGCUGAGAAUGAUGGCGCUGUUACUCAAGAAAAUAGCAGUAAUUUGGGACAGACAUCACAGUUUGUUUCAGCCCGGACAGAUCUUUCGCGCACAGCUACAAAGUCCAGUUAUGCUACUAGUCGCCACUCCCAAAUAAGCACCACCACCAGUUUGAGUAGCCCGUUUAGCAAUGGCAAAUUAAGUGGGGAGAGUGGAAAAUUCAGUGAUUUCACUGGGAAACUAGUUGGAGGCGUCAUGAAAUUCACAUCCAACAGGAAUAAGUUGCAAAAUGAUGCUUGGCUUCCAUGUGUGACUGGCAAGUCAUGCCGGAAAUCACGAUCGGCGUCCAACAAAACAAAUGACGAAUCUGAAUCAAGUUUCAUUCAGAACGCACUCGUUGUUGAGAAGAUUAGACUCUUGUGGGCUGAUAAAUAUCGUCCUCGAAAUUUGAGUGGAUUUACUUGCCACAGGGAGCAAGUUCAGCAGCUUAAACAAUUGGUCUCUGCAGAGUAUUGCCCGCAUACCAUUAUCAAAGGGCCUCCAGGGUCAGGAAAAAGGUCUUUAUGCAGAGCUGUCCUCACCGAGAUCUUUGGUGAUUCAUCUCUGAAUGUAUCUCACUAUUUGAAGAUCUGCAAUGGCCAGGGAUCUGCAUCUGUGCCCAUUCUUGUCGCAUUGUCAUCAAGUGAUCAUCAUGUUGAACUUAACAUGAGGUCUCAAUCCAAGAAUGCUAGAUAUGCUUUGAUGACUCUAGCGAAUGAAGUGGUGCAUCAGCGUAAAAUCACUGAGCCAGUUGCGAGGAAAAACUUUAAAGUAAUUGUUCUCUACGAAGUUGACAAAGUCAGCGAGAAUAAUCAAUCUUUGAUCAAAUGGAUAAUUGAUUCCUCCUCUGAUGCAUGCAAGAUAAUAAUGACUUGCCAGGACGAAUCUAAUCUUCUUGAUUCUAUAAAGAGUCGUUGCAAGCUUAUUACCAUUGGUGUGCCCAAUACACGUGAGAUUGUGGACAUUCUUACGUACAUAUCUAAAAAGGAGAGUUUCGAUCUUCCUGCAAGUUUUGCCACUACCAUUGCAAGUCAAUCUAGGCAGAACAUGAGGGAGGCGAUAUUGGCUUUGGAGGCAUGCAAAGCCAACAAUUACCCCUUCAUUGAUGGGCAAGCUAUACCACUUGGAUGGGAGGAUGUUCUGGAGGAACUUGCGGAAGAAAUUUUAGAUGACCCCUCUCCUAAAAGGUUAUUUUUGGUACGAGGCAAGCUCCAAAAACUCUUGGUGGAAUUUGUACCUCCGAAACUGAUACUCCAGAAGCUUGUCGAGCUCUUUUUGAAGGGAACUCAGAUUAGUAUAAAGAGGGAAGUUUACUAUUGGCAUGCCUACUAUGAAAAGAGGUUGCCAGUUGGUGCAAGUGCCCUGCUGAAACUGGAAGAAUUCGUUGCGAAGUUCAUGAGCAUCCACCGCAAGAGCUUGUCAGUUGGCUCAUGA